GGAAAGGCCCACCAAGUCAGCGGAAGUUGCCUGCGCAACCUUAUCAUCAUCUUUCCCUGGCCAUGGGGUUUUCUAUCCGAGAAGACGCACAGGCCUCUCACCCUCCGCGCGGCUCCACAGGAGCGCAAAAAUGGCGACCCUCUCCAUGGUCUCCGUCCCCGUCGCACCCUCCUCCCUCUCCCUCUCCACCCGGGGCCGCACCUCCUCCGUAUCCUUACCCGCUAAGAAGGGAGGAAUCGGUCAUGGUGGCUUGCGGAUCGAGUGCAUCCGUAUUGGUGGUGUUGAGAUUCCAAACCACAAGAGGGUGGAGUACUCACUGCAGUACAUCCAUGGCAUUGGGCGGUCACGCUCACGUCAGAUCCUCUUGGACCUCAAUUUCGAUAACAAGAUCACCAAGGACCUCUCUGAGGAGGAGGUCAUCACCCUCCGUAAGGAGGUUGGCAAGUACAUGAUUGAGGGAGACCUUAAACGUUUCAACCGUGUGGCGAUUGAGAGGUUGAAGGAGAUUAGGUGCUACAAGGGCAUCCGGCACAAGCUUGGACUUCCAGUUCGCGGCCAGAGGACAAAGAACAACUGCCGGACACUCAAGGGAAAGAGGGCUUCAGUUGCCAAGAAGAAGUCACCUGCCUCCCAGGAUGAAUAAAUCGGGUUGCCAUGUAUUUAAGUUCUGUCUCAUUGUGUGUGUGUGCGUGCGUGUGUGUGUGUAGCGCUACUACUGCUGGGUAUUUUGUUUCGAGAUUUUAUGCUGCCAUUGACAAAUCAUGGGGAAGCCAUCAGCUGCUGCAGAUUUUGUAGCAGGGACAUACUAGCUUAUAUGGGUCGGUUCUAUAAAUGAAGGUCAAAUUCUUGUUUACAUCCAGGGACCAUGGUUCCCUGUUUUGGUA